GCUAGUGGCGGCAAGCACAUUCUCACAGGUGGCGAAAUGAUACUCACGAUGCCGGCCCGUUUCGGUUGGAAAAUGCCGGUUUUACUGGUUGUGCUGAUGAUGCUUCCUUGGUAUGGAAUGGCACGCCCUGAUGGAGCACCUCUCUCUGCUUGUCGCUCCCUGACGCCGUCUCACAGUGGUAUAGGAGUUCAAGGCAGUAAUCCUCCGUAUGAUGUUACAGCCACCAAAAUUGGGGACAAGAUUAGAGUUACAAUAUCGUCACCUGUCGGUGAAGAGUUCGAAGGUUUUGUCCUCCAAGCAAGAUCAAGCAGAGACAAAAGAAAACUUGUCGAAGGAAAAUUUACUGCCAGGAACGGAGUGUCCAAAACUAUCGAUUGUUUGAAAGGAAAAGAAAAUACAUUAACCCAAGUGAACACAAACCCCAAGAGUAAAAUAGUAACGGAAUGGAUGCCUGCAAAUGGAGUAAAUGAAGAUGUAAUUUUUAGGGCCACUGUCGCAAAAACUUAUGCCUUAUUUUGGACAGAAAUCGAUUCAUCAUCGACAAGGGUGAAAGCUGAAUCCAAUUACCAACAAGGGGUCAGCAAGGAGCGAAAGCAGUCUCAAAAAAUGGAUUCGUCUACCAUGUAUCAAGAUUGCUUCAGCUCACAAGGUUGCUUCGGAUAUCCAUCUGAUUGUAUUCCUUCAGAAGAUUGUCAAGUGCUGCUCGGAUAUUCUUUGAGCAACGGCGGGAUAUUAUUUAGACUGAAAGGAGUCCUGAAUUCUCCAGACUCAUAUGUAGCUAUGGCACUUUCCUGGGAUCAGAGAAUGGGUGACGAUGCUGUAAUGGAGUGUGUCGAAGAAGGAAAUUAUGCUAUUUUGAGACAGUCUUGGAAUGAAGGCAAAAGGAAUAAUAGAACAAGAGAGGUUCCAAGAGAUAUUUACACAUCCGAAAUAUCUGAUGGCCAAAUAACAUGCGAGUGGAAUUCAGAUCCCAUAAUACGGACCCAUAAAGGAACCUUCAACUUGGACAAUACAACUUACUACCUUCUACUUGCCAAAGGACCUAUGAGUAACGGAAAAAUCAGCUACCACUCGGGAAAAAUUUUUACUCAAUCACCAGUAAACUUCAGUGCAUUUGAAGGGCUUGAAGGAGGAAAAGCCCAUGAUGCAGUUAAAAUCCAUGGUACAUUCAUGGUCACAGCAUGGGUUGGAUUUGUGAGUGUUGCCAUUCUUCUCGCUCGUCACUUUAAGUCUGCUUGGGAGACGAAAACUAUGUGUGGAGUAAAAAUAUGGUUUGCUCUUCACCGGGGCCUCAUGAUUGCAGCCUUAACAUUUGUGGUCAUCGCUUUUAUUGUGAUUUUUGUUCAUCUUGACGGAUGGAACUAUGAAAAUAAAAAUCCGCAUGCAAUAUUAGGGUGCAUUGCUACAGCUUUUGGACUGUUUCAGCCUAUAAUGGCGGCUUUUAGACCAGCUCCAGAUAAUCCAAAACGACCUAUUUUCAACUGGCUGCACUGGAUUGUUGGCAAUUCCGCUCAACUGAUUGCAGUGGUAGCCAUCUUCUUUGCAAGAUCACUGCAAGCUUCAGGAUUGAAAGAGAGUUUCUACUGGGUUAUGGCAAUUUUCGUCAUUGUAUAUUUAAUAUUUCAUUUCUUGUUUCAACUUCAUUCCUGGACAUCUGAUAAAAAGAAAAAUAAUGAAAUCAAAAUGAAUGAAAUGACCCAUGUAAGAGGAGCAACCAACAAUAUCCAAGGAAACUCGCAAGAGAAAAAUUCAUCAGCCAACAUGUUCCGUGUGCUUCUCUUGGGAGUAUUUGUCAUAUUUGUAGCUGUAAUACUGCUGGCUCUAUAUGCGUUGAUUGGUGUGGCGUAAGCUUCAAGUUGACAAACCACUCUUAACAAAAUUUGAUGCCAAAGGAGUUUCUUGCAUACGAAGUAUUUUCUUCAAACAAAGAACGGAAUAUUUCUUAACAGUGCAACUACAUAAAUUGUGGUGUUUGUGAGCAUAAAGACGCCUUUUUUUUAAAUCAUUUACUUGCCGAAAUUUAUUUUUAAGCAGAAAUUCCGAAAACAUUUUAUAUUCUGCUUAUGAAUGUGAUUUAUUAUCUCUGACUGCUGAAGUCAGUCAAUAUUUCGAGCAGUCUUUUAAUAUAAAUUUUAGUGCAAUUGAUGUAUUUUAAGAAUCAUGAAUAUUUUAUGUAAAGGAAUCUCUGUCACGUGUAUAUAUAGACAUUAAAGUUUGUCAUAAGUUGUGUGUUUGUGAAAAUAGAAUUGUUUUCUAAAAUCCUUAAAAAAGCAAUUGAAAUUUGUAUUCAUUCAUUAAAAAUCCAUUAUGAAAUUACCAACGGGAAAACGCAUAUGAUGUAUGCCAAUGACUUGUCCAAUUUGAACCUUAUUUAUACAUUUAAGCCAUUGUGAUAUUCAUUAAUAAUGCGGAAAAGAAAGAUACGAUUUCAAAAUAAUAAAUUCACUGAUAUUUCACAAUGAAAAAACACCUUCCAUUUUCAUCUUUUCCAAUGGCAUUAUACAUAAUGAAGGAUCGUCGAGAAGGUUAAAGGAAUUGCGCUUAAUGGAGAUCAUUUUAAUGUAUUUCAGUGUUUCAACUAUGUUAAUAUUUGUCAUGUGGUUAGAUUUUAAUUACAAUUUUUUACCAUUAAUGAUACACGCAUUUGUACUUAAUGAAAAUCUGUACUUAAGAGAAUUUAACCAAAAUUCUGGCUUUUACACAUUAAGGAUAAUGAGGUAUUUCAGUAUAUAGAUUCGGCAAAUGAGAUUUUAGCAUGUUGAAUUGGAAGAUUGCUUUGCUUGAUACGAUCGCUUAAUUUAUUUAAUAAUAUUUACUGUUCAGUCUUUUCUUUUUUGAGGUAAAUAAAUUAUUUUUAAUUUAGUUAUUCAUGUGUUUGUGGUAAAAGUUUAUCGUUUUGUUGCUUAAAACUGUAUUAUGACUGUCCAAUUUAUUGUUCUAAGGUAGUGUUGAUGACGUGUUAAAAUUUAUUUAAUUUGACUCAAUUUAAAUUGUUGUUUUCUAGACUAAAUCUGCAAAAUUUUAGUAAUAAACUAAACGUCAAAGGCGUAAAAGAAAUAAUGUAACAUUAUAGUUUUAGUUUCUAUUAAAACUAGGUAUUUUACCGCUACUGUAAUACAUACAUAUUCGCUCUUAUGUGCCUUGUUAUUUGCAAAUUAAAAAUAAGCUAAAAAGUUCAUCUCUGCGUAAAAUUUAUUCCGUGAAUGCUUUCUUUUGUUGGUUGAAAAAUUUAUUAAACUUUUCUUUACUAGAAAAGCAAAGCAUUAUUAUUAUUUUGCAUAUCUUCAUCUAAAACCCCUUCAAUUUUAUCAAGUUUUUAGCGACUUUUAAAAAAUCAUUUGUUUUUCUGAUGUAUAUUUUUUGUUUGCGUUGCUCUUUACAAUGUAUUGCUUUUCGUUUUGAAAAGGGGGGAUUCAGAUUUAAAUAUUGGAAGCUGAUAAACGGAUUUUUUUUAAAAUAUGUGAUAGGUUAAACACGAAAUUGUAUUUUCUAAAAAUGCCAUUGGUUUUCUUUAAUUCAAUGAAGGAAAGCUGGAGCUAAUGAACAAAACUAAAUCAUAAGCUAAUGCUAUUUUAAAAUCACUGUAAUGUUGGCUUUCAGAAAAGAUUUCAGUUUAAAAAAAAAAGGUGGGGUGCAUUAAUAUACCGCUGUUAGGCUAUAUAUUUCUUCUUAAGAAAACAUAUUUUUAUUCAAGCAAAAGCAUCAAAUUAACAGGGUUUUGUUACCUAUUCUUGCUUUAUACCUAUGAUUGUUAUUUAAAUUGAUAAUAAAUUUAAAUCGUGUCGAAAUCAUAUUUAAGCAUGGAACAUAGUAAUGAAGGACUUAGAUACUGAUUUUAUGUAGCAAACUUAACUUGAAAUAGAAAUUUCGAAAAUUAGGUAAUGCUGAAGUAUAUUUAGAAGAAUGAAAAAUUGUUAAAGAAAUUAUCAUUCUCUCAACGUAGCUGCUUACUUUCGUUAGAAGUCUCGAAAAACAAAUCAAUCUCAUAAGUAGUAAUAAAGUUUUGUAAAGUGUAUUGAACAGCAUUUUCUUUUCUGUAAGUUAAAUUGUCAAAUAACUCAAUGCAUUGUGAGGCUGCAUCAAUUAAUGUUUUUAGUACUUGAUGUUUUCAUAUCAUUAUUUUAUUUCAGUUAUUUUAAUAUUCUGAUCUCGAAAUACAUAAAACAUGUAUAUUUUCAAUAAAAUAAACUCUUUUCAA